CAAGGUCACCCAGGAGUCUGCAGUGAGCCAGGGUUCACUCCCUUCCUUCAGGGAUGGGUAGCUCUCAGGCCAAGGAAGGCUCAUGAACUUGUUCUGACCGGCCCCUGCACCCACUCCCCACCCAGUGUGCCUGCAGCCCUGUUUGUUCCCAGAUGUCCUGGAGCUCAGGGCGGGGGAGGGGGCAGCAGGACCUUCAAAGCUGAGGUGCUAAUGAGCCUGCCAGCCUGGCUUGGCCAGCAAGAGGGACGAUGUCCAGCGCGCCCAGGACCCUGUGGGCACUGAAAACCAACUCACUCAUGCCUAUUUCCUGUAAUGGACGAACUUGAUGCUAAUGUGAGUUCCAAGGAGGGUUUCGGGUCAGUGGAGAAGGUGGUGCUGCUCACGUUUCUCUCAGCGGUUAUCCUGAUGGCCAUCUUAGGAAACCUGCUGGUGAUGGUAGCUGUGUGCAGGGACAGGCAGCUCAGGAAAAUAAAAACCAAUUAUUUCAUUGUAUCUCUUGCCUUCGCUGAUCUGCUGGUGUCUGUGCUGGUGAUGCCCUUUGGUGCCAUUGAGCUGGUUCAGGACAUCUGGAUUUAUGGGGAGAUGUUUUGUCUGGUGCGGACAUCUCUAGACGUCUUGCUCACAACAGCAUCAAUUUUUCACCUAUGCUGCAUCUCUCUGGAUAGGUACUAUGCCAUCUGCUGUCAACCCUUGGUCUACAGAAACAAGAUGACCCCUCUACGUAUUGCAUUAAUGCUAGGAGGCUGCUGGGUAAUUCCAAUGUUUAUCUCCUUUCUCCCAAUCAUGCAAGGCUGGAAUAACAUUGGAAUCAUUGACUUGGAAAGGAUAUCCAAACCAAGCCUGGGCCAAGAUUUGCAGAUGAUAGAAAAGAGGAAGUUCCACCAGAAUUCUAACUCUACGUACUGCAUCUUCAUGGUCAACAAACCCUAUGCCAUCACCUGUUCAGUGGUGGCCUUCUACAUCCCAUUUCUCCUCAUGGUGCUGGCCUACUACCGUAUUUAUGUCACAGCUAAGGAGCAUGCCCACCAGAUCCAGAUGUUACAACGGGCCGGAGCCUCCUCAGAGAGCAGACCUCAGCCAGCAGACCAGCAUAGCACUCAUCGUAUGAGGACAGAAACCAAAGCAGCUAAGACCUUAUGUAUCAUCAUGGGUUGCUUCUGCCUCUGCUGGGCUCCAUUCUUUGUCACCAAUAUCGUGGAUCCAUUCAUAGACUACACGGUUCCUGGGCAGGUGUGGACUGCUUUCUUAUGGCUUGGCUACAUUAAUUCUGGGUUGAACCCUUUUCUCUACGCCUUCUUGAAUAAGUCUUUUAGACGUGCCUUUCUCAUCAUCCUCUGCUGUGAUGAUGACCGCUACCGAAGACCUUCCAUUCUGGGCCAGACUGUCCCCUGUUCAACCACAACCAUUAAUGGAUCCACACAUGUUCUAAGGUACACAGUUCUGCACAGCGGACAUCAUCAGGAACUCGAGAAGCUGCCCAUACACAAUGACCCAGAGUCCCUGGAAUCAUGCUUCUGACUGAAAAUGUGGCUCACAACUAAGCCAUUCAUUCCCAUUCAUUCAUGUCUGCAUGAACAGGACCACCUGACAUUUCUCCUGAUCCUUAUCGCCACAGUGAGGAGCAAGGCAGUGGGACCAGAGUCAGGGAGAUAGUACAAGGAGGUCAGCGUUGGGCUGAACCCAAGGCCAGAGCACAGAGGACCUCAGAGUUCAGAUGGGGCUCCAGGGGUAGUCAGAUCCAGCCUUCCAACCAGAGCAGGAGUCCACCCUCCAUGGCAUCCCUAGAAGUUGGCUGGUGUUUGCACAUGUCCAGGGAUAAGGCCUCACUAGCUCCCAAUGCAUUUCCUCCUGUUGUGGGGAAGCUUUCAUUACAAGGAAACUCCUUUAUUGGAAAACAAAUUUAUUACUGUUCUAAUUUCCAUCUAUGGCUGUGAAGUUGGUCCUCUCUCCCUUGAGAGCCUUUAGAUAAUGGUAAAAAAAAGAUCAAACGCCCAUCCACCCUUUUAAGUCUUUUCUUAAUCUGACAGUUCUAAUCUCCUCUUUCUCCUGAAUGUCUUUUGGACACAUUUUUUGUGGAUAAAUUAAUACUUUUUUUUCAUAAUUGGAGGUUGUUAUAUAGUCUGAUAUAAAUGCUCAGAGGUCUAAAAAUACAGAGGUACUGACAAGUGAAGCAUAAAGAUUUGGGAAUGGUAGUGGUUAUAACCAUGAGUAUUUUUCUCUUCUUUUUGGGGAUAGACUUUGGAAACCCUGCUUAGGUUCUGAGAUUAGAUCCAUUACCUAAAGACAUCUUUACAACUCUGUGUGUGUGUGUGUGUGUGUGUGUGUGUGUGUGUGUGUGUGUGUGUGUGUGUGUGUGUGUGUGUAUUUAACAACACUUUCUCUUUGGCACAAUGGCUUUGAGGCCAUUUGGAAUGAAGUUUUAUGGAGACAAAACCUAUAGCAUUAUUAAGAGUGAUUACUGGAAAUAGCCUUACAGUUCAAAUUUUGAGAGGGAAACUGAAUUUACACCCUAGAAACCUUUUUGAGGGACUUCCAAGUUCCUAUGCUGAGGUAGAGCCUGAUCUCAGGCAGGGGAUCUGCACCUAAUUUGUUUUCUUGGGGACAUCAUUGCCUGUUAUAUGAAACUCCAAGGGCCACUGUUGGCCCAUUCAUCUAGAUUUUUAAUUGACACUAGAGUUAUUGAUGGAGCUCUGUGCAAGCAUGAUGAAGUCACUGCUCCCAGUGCCAUUUUUUCCUUUUUGUUUUUUCUUUUUUAUUUGAGAGAGAGAAAUUGAGAGGGGAGGGAGAAAUAAAUAGAGAGAGAGAAAGAGAAACAUAUGCAAACCUGUUUCACCACUUGUGAAGCUUCCCCUAGCAGUCCUAGCAGGACUGGGGGUUUGAACCCAGGUCCUUAUACAUAGCAUCAUGUGUGCUCGAGGCUACAGACGGUAGAGCACAAGAUAAGGACGUGGCAGGUGUUCCUCGCUCACCAGUUCUCCCUGCUUUCUACUUGGCCUGUCAACUCCGUUUUCCUUCUUAAGUCAUCCCAGCAGCUGUGCUUGCCACCUGAUCAUCACUGUUUUGAAACUUAGAAGGCAAAACCCCAUCAACCGUCCGUUCCCUCUGUAGCCUCAAAAAUGCUGAGAAAGAAAGAUGGUCAGACCCCACAUGGGAUGAGGUGGUCAACUAUCGUGCUUGUCACACAGGAAGUCCUACAUCCCAAGAAGUCCCUCAGUCCUAGACCAACUAGAAUAAUUGAACAAUUGAUUC